CGGGGCUAUUUCCGGGUGGCGCGUGGGGUUUGAGGCCGAGAGUCGUCCCUGCGGCCACCAAUAUGGAGACCUUGUACCGAGUCCCGUUUUUCGUGCUCGAAUGCCCCAACCUGAAGCUGAAGAAGCCGCCCUGGGUGCACAUGCCGUCAGCCAUGACGGUAUACGCUCUGGUGGUGGUGUCUUACUUUCUUAUCACCGGAGGAAUAAUUUAUGAUGUUAUUGUGGAACCUCCAAGUGUUGGCUCCAUGACAGAUGAACAUGGACAUCAGAGGCCAGUAGCUUUCUUGGCCUACAGAGUAAAUGGACAAUAUAUUAUGGAAGGACUUGCCUCCAGCUUCCUGUUUACAAUGGGAGGUUUAGGUUUCAUAAUCCUGGACCGAUCGAAUGCACCAAACAUUCCAAAACUGAAUAGAUUUCUUCUUCUAUUCAUUGGAUUCGUCUGUGUCCUAUUGAGUUUCUUUAUGGCUAGAGUUUUCAUGAGAAUGAAACUACCGGGCUAUCUGAUGGGUUAGAGUGCCCUUUGAGAAGAAAUCAGUGGAUACUGUAUUUGCUCCUGUUAAUGAAGUUUUAAAGGCGGUACCAAUCCUCGAAUAUGAAAUGUGGAAAGGAUGAAAAGCAGCAGAGAGAAGAAUCUGAUGAAAACAUAGGAAGGUCAUUAAAGCUUGGACUAGAAUUUCUUGGUACUAUCAAAGAGACAAGCUUAUCACAGUUAUUUUUUUUGCUGCUGACCUAGACUGACAUGCCAACAAUGUUAAGUGGCAUUUUCUUCUUAGUUUUUCAUUUCUAAAAGAAAAUAUACUCCAUUUCUACAAUUAUUAUAUUGAAUAAAGUGAUUAUUUUUUACAGCCCCUUAACAUUUGUUGGAGAUGGCAUUUCUGAUUCUCAACAUUAAUUCUCAAACAUUAAUGUUAAAUCAAGAAGCAAGAUUCCACAGGCUGAGAACUCUGGACAACUGAUCAGCUUCACCCAUGGUGCUUUGGGUUUAAACUGUGUGAGAGUACAUUAUUUCAGAUACGUGUGUGUAAGACUGUUUUCCUGAACAAUGAGAUGUAUGAAAGGAGCAGAAAUAAAUAAUUUUUUUAAUUAA